UGUGCGUACAACGAUCAUGCAAACGUACAAUAGGGUUUCACUCGAGUAGACGAGCGUGUCAUCGAGCGGGGUAAAAAGUGAAACUAUCGAUCGAGUGAUUAUAACCAUUAUAAAGAAUGUUAAGAUAGUAAACUGAUCGACGAAAAGAAACUACCGUGCGACAAGCAAAGCUGUUGCUAGAAACAUCUGCAUUCUUCCUGAUUACACCCGUUAAACAGUUAAACAAAAUGAUCUAAUGUACAGGAAGAUGGUGCUACGUUUUCAGCUGUUUACUGAUCAUCUCGAAAGUGCAUAGGAAAAACUUUACAGAAAUCCGCGAAGAAAGUUGUGAAAGGUAAAGAAAGAAUCCUAACUUUCUGGCCUUUAGUUAACAUAAACAAUACAUCUAACAAGUGCUAUACGACAUCAACCUGGUACCAUGAGCCUGAAAACACGUAGUAUCGUGUUUGUGACGUUUUUCACCAGCUGCUUGAUCGUUGGAUUACUCGUGGCCAGUCUUACGACCAACAACUGGAUACAAGGCAAUGCAAAACGACGAAAUUUCACGGAAUCAAGCGGUCAAAUAAAUUUCGGAUUAUUCUCCGGUCAUCGGCGUUUAAACGUUGGAUUCGGGUUGAGAGACUAUAAAAUCGAUGUGCCGGCAAUGAUUCGUAAUGAACCGGACGUGAUGAGCUAUUGGCUGUGGCUUGGCGCCGCCCUCGGCACCGGAUUCGGCAUUCUAGGCGGCGUGAUCACUGCUAUUGCCUCUGUACUAAAGUCGGCGUCGGCUUCAAAGAAAACCGGAACCAUGGUGGUGUUGUUAGUUAGUAACCUUUUCACCGGCUUUUCGCAGGCAAUUGCAUUCGUAUGCUGGAUGUUACAAUUUUACAACUAUCUGACGCACAACGUGCUUCUUGCCGAGGAUCGUAACAAUAAUUGGUACAGCACGGGGCUGACUAUGCUAGGAUCCAGCUUUUACUUCAUCGCUGCUGGUAUCGUGCUGGUUGUACUGAAUUUGGUUUUGCUUAUUGCCGCGACACGCCUCGAGCACCGCGAGAGGAAAAAGUUUUUAAAUCCCCCUACGGAUGAUAAAACACAAGGUGCGAUUAUGCUAUACUAAAGACAUACGCUUUUGCAUAAGCAUCAUCUUUCAUUUUCCUUCCCCUAAUACUCAAACAAACAUUUCUAGUUCGCCUGCUGCGAAAUUUACAAAAUUUUAUGAAUUUAAACACGCAUUGCCCUCAAGUAUGUAAUUACGGUUCUUACAUCAUGCCAUAAGCUGAACUAAAGACAUUAUGAAUUCAUUCUUCGUGAAAUUGUGCUAGUUUUAGCUAUCGCGGCCGCGUAAAGAUACCGGUUAGUACCGUUUUUAAUUUACCAUACCGGGCAAGACCUGGUUUUAAUCUAGGUAUCAUGUAGCAUAGGAUUAAUAUUUUACCACAUCAGUUAGAACUUAAUUACACGAUGAAGUAUUGCUACUUAAAAAUAAUGAAAUAAAUAUUAGUAACUUUUAAUAUCAGCAAAA